AUGCCGGCAGCCGGCGCGGAGCUCCCGCACGGCGCGCAGGAGCGGGGCGCAGAGCCACCGCCGCACGGGGAGCGACAGUACCUGGGGCAGAUCGAGCACAUCCUGCGCUGCGGCUUUAGGAAGGAGGACCGCACGGGCACCGGCACCCUGUCGGUGUUCGGCAUGCAGGCGCGCUACAGCCUGCGAGAUGAAUUUCCUCUGCUCACAACCAAACGUGUAUUCUGGAAGGGAGUUUUGGAGGAGCUGCUGUGGUUUAUCAAGGGAUCCACAAAUGCUAAGGAACUGUCUUCCAAGGGAGUGAAAAUCUGGGAUGCCAAUGGAUCCCGAGACUUUCUGGACAGCCUGGGAUUUUCCGCCCGACAAGAAGGAGACCUGGGCCCAGUCUAUGGCUUCCAGUGGAGGCAUUUUGGAGCAGACUACAAAGAUAUGAAUUCAGAUUACUCAGGUCAAGGAGUAGACCAGCUGCAAAAAGUGAUUGACACCAUCAAAACCAACCCUGAUGACAGAAGAAUCAUCAUGUGUGCCUGGAACCCAAAAGAUCUUCCUUUGAUGGCGCUGCCUCCCUGCCAUGCUCUCUGCCAGUUCUAUGUGGUGAACGGGGAACUGUCCUGCCAGCUAUACCAGCGGUCAGGAGACAUGGGUCUGGGUGUACCCUUCAACAUUGCCAGCUAUGCUCUGCUCACCUACAUGAUUGCACACAUCACGGGCCUGCAGCCAGGUGACUUUGUACAUACUUUGGGAGAUGCACAUAUUUACCUGAAUCACAUUGAGCCACUGAAAACCCAGCUUCAGCGAGAACCAAGACCUUUCCCUAAGCUCAAAAUCCUACGAAAGGUUGAGACAAUUGAUGACUUCAGAGUUGAAGACUUUCAUAUUGAAGGGUACAAUCCUCAUCCUACUAUUAAGAUGGAAAUGGCUGUUUAGAGCCCUUUCAGAGGAUCUAUUGGAAGGAUGCUGGCAGUCUUUAGGGGGCUGAAAGUUCUUUUUGCUCUAAAAGAAAAAGGAACUAGGUCAAAAAUCAAUCUGUCUAUGACCUAGCAGUUAUUCAUUAACUUUUAAGAAUGUUAUCACUGGCAGAUAUAUAUACUUUUUUUAGUAAUCAAAGCCUUUUGAGUUUGGUUUACUCAGUGAGGGUGCAGGAAAAUGUGGUUAUGAAUAAAGAGUGAAAACACAAGCAUUUCAGUUCAUGUCUUCAUGAAGAAGAAGGCUGGUGAAAUUCAUUAUAUAAGCUAUUCUCACAAAAUUCAAGUAACUCCAUCAAUCAUUAUACAGGGUGCUCACAAACACAUCUGUUUUGUGUUAUAGAUUGCUGUAAUAAAGAACUUUUUCA